UCACGGCACUAUAGCAACCUGCCUGAAGUUGUUUUCUGCUCCAAGAACCUGCUUGCUCUGAGUAGGCUCCAGUCUGGGCUCCUCCUCCCCUCUCGGCGAGCAGCCAGUGUUGCAGAAAGAGUUACUAGUACACUACCAACACCACGGUAUUCAAGUCGGUAUGGCUGCUGUUGGGGGCUGACUGUGCAGCAUGUUUUUCUCCCAAAUACAAGAAGAAGAAAAAAACGAUUUCCUCGCAUAAAGCGGAAUAUAUAUUUCUCUUAGGAAAAGGACAAAUAUACAGUGUUCACUCUCUGAAUCCCGCACUCAGAAGAGAAGAAAGGCUAGAAGAACAGGAGGCGCAUUUCCCAGCGGUAUGCCGUAAAAGCUGGAGCGGGGGAAAGGAAACCCUUUUCAGUCGCCGUAAACAAAUUUAGAUCGGUGUCUCGGCCUUCCACUCGCUGACCCUGCUGGAGGUAGAGAAUGGUCCUGUGAUGGGGGUUCUUAAUUCCACUGCUUGUGAAGGAACAUGUCCACUAUGAGAAGCGUGCACUCUGCUGGGAGUUACAGUAGGUACAAAGGCGAUGAUGUAAACGCUGCUUGCCUCUGCUUCUAGUCUGAAAGAUGAGUGAGGUGCAGGCGACUGUGGAAUUCUCUGUGGAGCUCCACAAGUUCUACAAUGUGGAUCUCUUCCAGAGAGGGUUUUACCAGAUCCGCGUCAACCUGAAGGUGCCGCCCCGGGUCCCUCACAAGCUGGAGAUGAGCCUUCUGCGCACUGCAGGAUCGGAUCUUGCAUUCCCAGCCUCUGUCCAUGAUGGGGUUGUCUGCAGUAAAACAUUUCAGAUUCUCUACAAGAAUGAGGAAAUUGUUGUGAAUGAUGUCUUGAUAUUCAAAGUCAAGUUGCUGCUUGAUGAAAAGAAGAUUGAAGAAUCAUUAAAUGAAAUGGAUUUUCAGCUGACUUUAGAUCUGCAUUUCACAGAUGGUGAUUAUUCGCCAGAAGACUUGACAUCUUUACAGAUGAUCAGCAGCCGCACAUUGAAAUUGCACUUUAGUCUACACAGAGGAGUCCACCAGCAUGUCAAUGUUAUGUUUGACUACUUUCAUCUCUCUGUCAUAUCAGUGGCUGUUCAUGGCUCCCUAGUUGCACUACAUCAGCCGCUGAUAAGCUUUCCUCGCCCAGUAAAGAACACUUGGCUGAACAGAAAUGCCCCGGCUCAGAAUAAGGACUCUGUGAUCCCCACUCUCGAGAGCGUUGUUUUUGGUUGCGGUUAUGUGAAGCAACUCUCUUCAGAUGGCAGCACAUUUGUGGUGUCGGAGAACUGCCUGCAGCAUGCCUACAGUUUCCAUUACAGCCUCUGUGCUAGUUUGCUGCUUGCGUAUCAGGGGCUUUUCAACUACUUCACGAUGGUGACAAAGGACCUCCCCUCUUCACACAGAAUGGAACUAGCCAAGCCCAGCAUGCAAGUCCUAUUUGAGCGAGUUCUCAGAAGACCCUAUCCCCGAAGCCAGAGAGCCGUCUACAUAGAAAAACUAGAUGUGGAAGCUCGUCUUUCUGAACUGUGUGAUCAGGUCAAGCAGAAGGCUGAGAAUCCCGAUGAGCUGGCUGAGUUGAUAAACAUGAACCUAGCCCAGCUCUGCUCCCUUCUCAUGGCUCUCUGGGGGCAGUUUCUGGAGGUGGUGUCCUUGCAGGAGGAUGUAGCAGCCUUAUUAGCGCAGGAGCACCACACACUCCGAGUAAGAAGGUUUGCAGAAGCCUUCUUUUGUCUGGAACACCCACGACAGACUGCUCUUGCAUAUCAAGAACUACAUGCUCACAGCCAUUUGCAGAUGACAACAGCGAUUAAAAAUUCCACUUACUUUAACUCUCUGCCCCCCCUACCUGUUGAGUGUGCUGACCUGGAUGGAGAUGUUAAUUCACUGCCCAUCAUCUUUGAGGACAGAUAUCUUGAUUCCAUCACAGAGGAUCUGGAUGGACCGUGGCUCGGUGCUCAGAAUAUAAGAGGUGCUUCCGUCUCUGGCAGGGCAGACCGCUCCGAGCUGAAGGAAUGCGGUGGCCUGGGUUUCUCCAGCCCGGAGCUGAGGACCAGAGCAGCCUUAGCAGUGUGGCCCUCUGACAGCGAGAAGCUGCAGAAGUCUCAAAAGGGCAAACAUGAGGAAUCCAUCAAGUCAAAAGGGAAAGUGACAAAGCUGAAGAAAAACAUGAAAACCGAGAAUGCCAAGAAACUUGUGAAACAGAGUUCGAAGGAUUCUGUUGUCCUGGUAGGUUAUAAGUGUCUGAAAGCUCCUGCUGUAGAAAAUAGCUCCAAGUCCAAAGAAGGAAAACCUUCCACUAAUCAAAAGGAAGAGCCCAAUGCUUUAAAUAUUGAGGUCACUAGCAAUGCAAGGACAAACACUAAGCAGCUAGGUCAGAGUAGUGAGCCUCGCUUCCUGCCCUUCCAUACAGGAUGCAGUGCUGUAGACUCCACUACAGACAGUGAUCUAAGCAGUCAAAAAGGAAAUGAACUUACUAGCCUUUUGAGUUUGGAUGCACUCAGUAAGCCUCAGGCUGGCACUGGGGCUUUAGUGACAGAAUCUGUAUCUGCGUACAAGAACGAUCAGUUCGAGCCCUGCGGCCAAAAAUCAACCCAAAUAUCAGGAGUCAGACAAAUCGAUGUGAAACCAAGUGAUAAAAAUCCUUUUCAGGGAGAGAAAGUAACUGUGAUCUUGCCAUGUAGGACUGAUGGCAAACCUACAGGGACCAUUCCAGAAGUCAUACAAACGGAGUUCCUAGAUGUGCAGUCUGGUUUGCCUCCUUUGACUAGUGAAACUGAUUCUGUGUUUGAAAGGGGCAUGAUCCCCAAGUCCGGGGACAGUUCCUCUAAACCCAGGCAGUCCAGCACAUCAGUCAAAGAGGUCCACUUGGUAGUCGGGGGCGAUUCUGUGAAGUUGCCCGACAUCAGUGCUUCCUGUGCUUCUUCUCGCUUGUCAGACUCCGGAAUUGAGAGUGAGCCCAGUUCCUUUGCCACACAGCCGUACCUGGACCUGCUGUCUGAACCGGUUUCAGAACGGUGCUCCCAGCCCAGCGAGAAACCUCACCCUCCACCACUGCUCAAGCCAGAGCCCAGCGUGAAAAACGUGAGAGAUGGCAUUUGCACUGAGAGCACCAGUGCUGUGAGUGAAAUCCAGUCGUCUCUAACCUCCAUAAACUCCUUGCCUUCAGACGAGGAGGAGGAUGACAGCUCCAGGGUCUCUGUUGUAGCAGAGGACCAGACCCUGCAGGAUGUCGGCAAAGGAGACCAGCCGAAACGCGACAAGACUCGGAAAUCUAGCAUUCUUGUCCAAGAGCAAAGUGUGGUCUUUUCAGGACACAUGGAAACUGGAUUAAAUUCUACUAAAACCACUCCCAGUGCUCCCAGUGUUAAUUCUUCAGCCACAGGGUUACUGCCCUGUGCUGGAGAGCUGGGAGCCAUGGGCGACUGUGAUUCCCAGCCUCUGGCAGGCGCUGUUGGCAAGUCCAAGGAGCCUCCUUCAGUAACAACUCCGCCAGAGCACAUGGUUGAGCUCAAGUCUGGGGUUGUGUUCCUUGGUGAGCCCAGAAGUGCUGAGUGUGUGACAGAGGUUCAGAAAGGAUCUCCUGGUAAGAAAGCAGAAGACACCACAGGUGAGCCACAGGCAGCUUGCCAUUCCAGCACAAGCGUGAACAGUAUUUCUGCUGCAAGCAGCAGUGACAUAGUGAGGCAGGGGCUUGUGGAGAAUUACUUUGGAUCACGGAGCAGCACGGAUGUCUCUGAAAUAAGUCCAUUGGAGAGCGCAGCUACCAGUCUCAACACCGUGAGUUUCCAGGGGGAAGCGAACGAGCCUCAGGAGGAGGAGGAGGAGGAGCAGGAGCACGAGAUGAUCGAGAAUGGCUAUUACGAGGAGGGAGAGGAUGACGGCUAUGUGAACGGUGUGCCUGGGACGGAGUGUGAUGGGAUGAGCGACGAUGAGAAAGCUGUGCAGCUGGAACAUCUGGCUGUGGAGCAUUUCAGAGACCCUGGUAACCUGCCGGGGGUCUGCACCCCCAGCUGCCUGUCGUUUGCCUCUGCCGUGAGGGACUCCCCCUGUAGUGUGGGCUGCUCCCGGAGCAAGCUGGACACUGUGACCAAGCAGCCCAGCACUGGGCUGGCCAGCUCCGCAGCCUGCAUGCGCUGGUAUGAAAGUGCCCCCACUUCUCAGAUGAACACUUUUGUCGAAGCCAAAGAAGACCUGAAGCAGCUGAAACUGCCUGGAUUCUUGUACAGCGACGUGCCUGGACUGGCGUCCACUGUGCCAUACUUCAGUGCGGAGGAGGACGAUGGUUCUGAAGAAGGGAUUCAUCUCAUUGUCUGUGUGCACGGCCUGGAUGGUAACAGUGCUGAUUUGCGCUUAGUAAAAACCUACCUGGAGCUUGGGCUUCCAGGAGCUCGCAUUGACUUCCUCAUGUCUGAGCGAAACCAGAACGACACAUUUGCUGAUUUUGACUCCAUGACAGAUAGGCUGUUGGAUGAAAUAGUGCAGUAUAUUCAGAUCUACAACCUCACUCUUUCAAAAAUCAGCUUUGUAGGACACUCUCUUGGGAACUUAAUCAUUCGCUCAGUCCUCACUCGUCCCAGGUUUAAGUUCUACCUGAAUAAGUUGCACACCUUCCUGUCUCUGUCUGGGCCACAUCUGGGGACCCUGUACAAUAGUUCAGCUUUGGUCAACACAGGUUUGUGGUUCAUGCAGAAGUGGAAGAAGUCUGGAUCCCUGCUGCAGCUGACUUGUCGUGAUCAGUCUGACCCUCGGCAGACAUUUCUGUACAAGCUGAGCAAAAAGGCAGGUCUUCAGUUCUUUAAAAACGUCGUCCUAGUUGGCUCUCUUCAGGACCGCUAUGUCCCCUAUCAUUCUGCUCGCAUUGAAAUGUGCAAAACAGCCUUAAAGGACAAGCAGUCAGGACCGGUGUACGCGGAGAUGAUUGAGAACCUGCUGCUGCCUGUGCUGCAGAACAGAGACUGUAACCUGGUUCGCUAUGAUGUCAUUCAUGCUCUGCCCAACACUGCCAACUCGCUCAUCGGGAGGGCAGCACACAUCGCCGUUCUGGACUCGGAAAUAUUCCUAGAGAAGUUCUUCCUGGUGGCAGGCCUUAAAUAUUUUCAGUAGGUUGAUGUUUCAUGUGGAGAGAAGGAGGAAACAAAGCUAUUACCUCAUUGCAUUGAAACACAAAAUGGUUAAUAUUGUUGUAUCAGAUUCCUUUUUGAGUUUUAAAGAUAUUUAUACUUUUUAUAUGGGAGUUUAACUAUAUUAGUGUUUUGAUAUCAUCCUUUUUUCUUGUUCAUUUGUGGCUGUGCAGUUCUUUAUUUUUAUGUUUUUACAGACUUUCAUAUUUUAAGCCAAUUUAAUUUUAAACUUAUUUUAUGUUCACACUAGUAACAUGAAUUUUCUUCAAAGAAUAUGUGUGUUGUUACUGUUACAAAGAAUUAACAUUUUUAUUUAUGAAAAUCCAACUAUAUUUUAAUGACAUUCUCUAUUUCGUUAAAUGAUACAAAUGAGUAAUAAUGAUUAACUGGAAAAUGUAGCUGCUAAAAGAAAUAUUUAUUCUAUGAACUGACCAAGUCCUGAGUCAUUCAUGUCAACAUCUCCACAAAAGGCAAUUUAUUUUCUACUCAUUCUCAACAUGAACUUGUAUCAUACCUGUGGAAAAAGACUUUUUCUACUGCAAAGAAUGAACAGUAAUUUUUAUUAUUCAAAGUGACUUUUAUUACUACAUUCAGAGCUUUUAAAGGCUUCCAAUAAAAUAUGGAAGUAAGGAGAGAUUUCUGCAUGUAGUUCACACAAAGCUGCAAUGAGGAAAGUUUAGGUUUUGUAUUGUUUUCAAGUCCAUUGUGAUUUAAUAUACUUAACUUUAUCUUUGGAGGGCUAAAGUGCUUUGAAAAAGAACAAAAGUUUAUUGUAUACAAUGCCAUCAUUUUACAACAGGGUUUUUAAAUAUACAAAGAGAAGUUUUAUUGAUUGAACACAGGCAGGGGAUCAAACACUUUGGAGAACUGAACACGUUUGUCUGAAAUGGAGGUUGACUUUUUUAAAAUAAAACCAGACUCUGUUUGUGAUUGAAUGAAAGAUAGGAUAAUAUAGUUUGUGAUUUUUAAAACUGAAAUAUUGUACCAAUAGAACAAAUGCAUGUUCUCAUUUUUCUUUGUCCAGAAGUGGUUUGUACACUCUUGCACACAUUUUCCAUUAAAUGUAACAUAAAUAAA